CUUCAGUUAAGGUGCCUGGGUGUUUCCCAAGGCACUUCAUGCAAAAAUCUUGGCUUUUUCAUUUUCAUUUUUUAAUUGAUUUAUUUUUUCUUGGAUGUUGGUCGGUUAUGAAUAUAGCUGGUUUGCCUUUUAUCAUAUUGACCUGUUGGUUUAUUUAUUUAUUUAUUUUGCAGACUAUCCUUGGGGAGACAGAGGAUGAAGACGACGAAAUUCUGCCCCGUAAAGACUAUGAGAGUUUGGAUUAUGAUCGGUGCCUCAAUGAGCCAUACUUGGAAGUCCUAGAAAGUCUCGAUAACAAGAAAGGCCAGCGCUAUGAAGCGGUGAAGUGGAUGAUGGUUUUUGCCAUUGGAGUUUGCACGGGGAUGGUGGGCCUUUUUGUAGACUUUUUCGUCCACCUCUUCACCAGAAUCAAAUUCCACGUGGUGCAGAACUCGGUGGAGGACUGCAGCGAGAAAGGUUGCCUAGCCAUCUCUCUGCUCGAGCUGCUGGGCUUCAACCUCACCUUCAUCUUCCUGGCCAGCCUCUUUGUCUUAAUCCAGCCAGUAGCUGCCGGAUCUGGGAUUCCAGAGAUCAAGUGUUACUUGAACGGAGUCAAGGUCCCCGGGAUCGUGCGUCUUCGGACUCUGAUCUGCAAAGCUCUGGGGGUGCUUUGCAGCGUGGCUGGAGGUCUUUUCGUAGGGAAGGAAGGCCCCAUGAUCCACAGCGGCGCCAUCGUCGGGGCCGGCCUACCUCAGUUCCAGAGUAUCUCUUUAAGGAGGAUCCGGUUUAAUUUCCCCUAUUUCCGAAGUGACAGGGACAAGAGAGAUUUUGUGUCUGCUGGUGCGGCCGCUGGAGUGGCCGCAGCCUUUGGGGCACCCAUCGGAGGGACGCUUUUCAGCCUAGAAGAGGGCUCCUCCUUUUGGAACCAGGGCCUCACGUGGAAAGUGCUCUUCUGCUCCAUGUCCGCCACCUUCACCCUCAAUUUCUUCCGCUCCGGCAUUCAGUUUGGAAGCUGGGGCUCUUUCCAGUUGCCGGGCUUGCUGAAUUUUGGAGAGUUCAAGUGUCCGGAGUCUAACAAAAAAUGCCACCUGUGGACCAUCGUGGACCUGGGUUUCUUCAUCCUGAUGGGGGUCGGUGGGGGCCUCUUAGGGGCCACCUUCAACUGCAUCAACAAGAGGCUGGCAAAAUAUCGCAUGAGGAACGUGCACCCCAAGCCAAAGCUGGUCAGAGUCCUGGAGAGCCUUUUGGUGUGUCUGACAACCACACUUGUGAUAUUUGUUGCUUCGAUGCUUCUCGGGGAAUGCCGGCCACUCUCUUCCGCUGACCACGGGGACAACAGCUCCUCCUUCAGCCUGCAGGAUUCUUCGUCGGAGGAGGUUAAUUCAAGCAUCAAGACGUUCUUCUGUCAUAAUAAUACUUACAACGACAUGGCGACCCUGUUCUUCAACCCGCAAGAGUCGGCCAUCUUACAACUGUUUCAUCAGGAGGGUACUUUCAGCCCUGUCACCCUCUCUCUCUUCUUCUUCCUCUACUUCUUGCUCUCCUGCUGGACUUACGGGAUUUCUGUGCCGAGCGGCCUUUUUGUCCCGUCGCUGCUCUGCGGGGCCUCUUACGGACGCCUGGUGGCCAACCUCCUGGAAAGCUACAUUGGUCUGGAUCACGUCUACUCCGGCACCUUUGCGUUGAUCGGAGCGGCUGCCUUCCUGGGCGGGGUGGUCCGCAUGACCAUCAGCCUGACCGUUAUCCUGAUCGAGUCCACCAACGAGAUCACCUACGGGCUGCCCAUCAUGAUCACCCUGAUGGUGGCCAAGUGGACGGGUGACCUUUUCAACAGAGGGAUUUACGACAUCUACGUGGCCUUGCGUGGGGUCCCCCUGCUGGAGUGGGAAGUCAGAGCGGAGUUGGACAAGCUCAGAGCGAGCGACGUCAUGGAGCCCAACCUGAUGUACGUCUACCCGCACACCCGCAUCCAGUCCCUGGUCAGCAUUCUCCGCACCACGGUCCAUCAUGCCUUCCCGGUGGUGACGGAGAACCGGGCCUACGAGAAAGAAUUCAUGAAGUGGGACCAGCUCAUCAGCAACAAUAUUAAAUUCAAGAAGUCCAGCAUCCUCACCCGGGCGGCCGAGCAGCGUAAACGUAGCCAGUCCAUGAAGUCGUAUCCCUCCAGCGAAUUGAGAAACGUGUGCGAUGACCACAACGCGGCCGAGGAGCCUCCAGAGACAGAGGACAUGCUGCAGCAGAUGUUGGAACGGAAGUACACACCGUAUCCCAACCUGUAUCCAGACCAGUCUCCCAGUGAGGAGUGGACGAUGGAGGAACGCUUCCGACCUCUGACUUUCCACGGCCUGAUCCUGCGCUCACAGCUGGUCACUUUACUUGUCCGAGGAAUCUGCUACGCAGAGAAUCAAUCAAGUACCAGUCAACCUCGUCUCUCGUAUGCAGAUAUGUCAGAAGAUUACCCCCGCUACCCAGACAUCCAUGACUUAGAUCUCACACUCCUGAAUCCGCGCAUGAUUGUGGACGUCACGCCUUACAUGAACCCUUCUCCCUUCACCAUCUCGCCUAAUGCUCACAUCUCCCAAGUCUUCAAUCUCUUCCGGACGAUGGGGCUGAGGCACUUGCCGGUGGUGAAUGCCGUCGGGGAGAUUGUGGGCAUUAUUACUCGACACAACUUGACCCACGAAUUCCUCCAGGCCAGGCUGCGCCAGCAUUACCACACCAUCUAACCUCGUCUCCCGCUUCUUCCACCUCCUGAGACAAACCCCACCCCCCCACCCCGCUCCUCCUAGGGAUUCCUGGGCCCAUCAUGCUGCACUUUAGGUCAACCAAACAAGCCCAUCAUCGUUGUCCUCUUUUGGAGCCGUAAACUGUACAUCCUUUAGGCUGGGGUGGCGGUGGGGGGGGGAAAGGCAUAAUGCGUGGGAGAUCUUGAGCACUGGCUGUCCUUGUUCUAGCAGCCAUGCGCUUCCCUGUGGGGUUUGGAUCCGAUCAUCACAGGGCUUCUCGGUUGCCCUUUCGGUUACUCGAA